CUGGGCCAGUCUCUGUCCCUUGGAGGACGUCACCUAGCCGUGAGAGAGAGCAGGAAAAGAGGCAGAGGAGUAUUUAUAGAAGAAAAUGGGGCCCCUUUUUGGAGAGAGGUUUUACUAAGGAGCGGAGUGAGGGCGUCCCAGUUUUAUGAUUAACACUGUGCAAACGGGCUGCAGGACUGCAAGUGCACACUCUGGGAGGAGAUGCUGGAGUAACUGUGACAAGUCUUCAUGUACUGUCACCCUUUUCUUGUGUUGCGGUGGCAAUGUGAAUGACUCUGUGGAGGACUCUGUGGAGGACUCUAAAGAUGGGGUAUUUUGAAUUGACAACUCCUCUUGUUUGAAUGGGGGCUGUUGGUUUGGUCCAAGGUUUUUUUUUACUGUACAGUUAGGAAGCCGGGUUGGAUACUAGCUCACAGACAGGUCACCUGCAGUUUGAUAAAGUCUGAUACAAGAUGAAGAAAUUUCUACAGAACAAGAAAGGCAGAUACUCUUUCAGGAACCAGAACAAGUCUGCUGUUCCUCACUAUCACUCUAGAGAUGACUUCAUUGCAAUGCCGACAACCAAUCAGGGCUGGCCAGAGGAGUUUGGCUUCCAGCUGGGAGGAAGUGGUCCUAGCUACAUCCUGUCUGUGGAAGAGGGGAGCAGUGCCUUCCUGGCGGGGCUGCAACCAGGUGACCAGGUGCUGGAGAUCGAGGGCCAGAAUGUGUCCACUCUGGGAUUCCAGGCUGUCAUCUCCAUCGCUCAGACCCAUAGGAACAUCCCUCCCAGCAUCGGAGUGGUGUCUCGCAUCCAGCAGAUGGACAUCACCCCGGGUCCUGACGGUCGUUUCGGCUUCACCAUCGUGGGAGACUGCCCCCUCCUGGUGGAGGACUGUUCCCCCUGCUCUCCGGCGGGACGGGGUGGCCUGCGGGCCGGCGACUACGUCAUGGAAGUCAACGGGAUCCCGGUGAGGCAGCACGAGAUGGCGGCGGCACUGAUCAAGACGUCCCAGGGGAGGCUGAGGCUGGGGGUGCUGUGUCUGGGGCCCAGACGGAGAGUACACAGCAGUGAGAGUAUGGAUGGGAUACAGCCUGGGGAAGACGGGGUGAGGACGAACCGUAAACACAAGGCCCUGGAGUUCAACAGGAAGAUUGACCAGAUUUUGGGGGAGGAACCUGAGGUGAAGGAGAGGCUGUUUGCGGUACUGAAGCAGUACGCUGCGGAGAAGAAGGUUGAUUGGCUGGCCUCCGUCCUCCCAGACAUCCUCACCACUGACGAGCAGCAGACGCUCAUCGGCAACAUCAGGAUCUUCAUCCCCAAGAAGCACCGGCAGCGGUUCGACGAGGCCGUGUCCCAGAGCCUGAUCCAGAGGAUCUGUCGCAGUAAGAGCAUCAACGAGCCGGGCCGGCAGGGCCGUCUGAGACGUAGCCGCAGCGAGGACCACCCUGACCGCCACCACGGCUCCAAACGGGCCAGCUCAGUACCUCGGGACCCUGAGGAGGACGGAGGGGGACAGGAGAGAGGAGAGAGGGGGUACAGGAAGUCCACGUCGGGCAUACUUGGGCAUCAAUCAGGUGCCAAUCAGAGCCUCCAAGCUCCCCCCAGGACGGUGAGGGUUUACAGAAGGAAGAAGAGUUUUGGGUUCACCCUGAGAGGCCAUGCCCCUGUCUGCAUCGACUCUGUCAUCCCAGACAGCCCAGCUGAAGACUGUGGUCUCAAACCAGGAGACCGCAUCCUUUUCCUCAACGGGCUGGACAUGAGGAACUGUUCCCAUGAGAAGGUGGUGUCCAUGCUGCAGGGCAGUGGGGCCAUGCCCACCCUGGUGGUGGAAGACGGACCCUCUGGUUACUCCCACUCUGACCAGGGGGACGAGGAAGACUCUUCCCCAGGCCUUGCCCUUGCUGUGGCCCCCAGGUCCCGCUCCCGCUCCCCAGUCCCCCUCAGCUCCCUGCAGUGGGUGGCUGAGAUCCUACCCCCCAGCAUCAGGGUCCAUGGUCGCACCUUUAGCCAGCAGCUGGAUCAUCUCCUGACGGUGCAGGAGAGAUACACCAUCUGCAAGGCCCUGGAGACCUUCUUCCAACACAGGAACGUGGACACCCUGAUUGUUGAUGUAUUCCCGGUGUUGGACACUCCAGCCAAGCAGGUGAUCUGGCAGUUCAUCUACCAGCUGUUGACCUACGAGGAGCAGGAACACUGUCAGAGCAAGAUCUCACGCUUCCUUGGCUUUAAGACUGCAGCGGAUGCAGAGCCAGUGCCAGGUGCAGGACAGGAGCACCACAGGAGGAGCAGCUCAGUCCGUGUGUCAGGAACCUCCUACAGAGACACCGUACGGGAGAGGAGCUCUGACGACUGUAUCAUCAGAACACACCUGGGAAUGGGGAUUCAUGUGGAUGCACCAGGGAGUGGGAGUGGGACACCCGGAGAGAGACAGUGUGGAGACGGCACCUCCUUCCCAGAGUCCCCUGACCUGAAUCACAUGUCAGGAGUGUACACGGAGCUGGAGAGUGUGUACACAGGGAAGAGUGCCGUGAAGGCCAUGCAGCAGAGUCACAGUCGCUGCUCUCCAUUGACCCUGCCUGACCGAGCCGAGCUGGGACAGACUGACGCCUAUGGCCAGUCUCCAGCUCGCUCCUCUCUCAGUCAAGGUAGCACAGGGAACCGUAAAUCAGGUCUGUCUCUGACAUGGAAGGAGCCUCUGCCUGACCCUCUGUACGAGUUCUACCACGAGGGAACCAUCCCCUCUCCGGGUAGCGCUGACUCCAACCCCUACGUGAGCCUAGAGAGCCCACCUCUAUCCCCCCAGAACUCUGACGACCCCACCAGCCCCCUGUCCAGACGCAGGAAGCUUUUCACCUUCUCCAGACCCCCCCGGAGCAGGGACACUGACAAGUUUCUGGACGCUCUGAGCGAACAGCUGGGACACCGUGUCACUCUGGUGGAAGACUUCCUCCCAGGAGAGAAUGACUAUGAGGAGAUGAGUUUCCAGGAUGAGCAGGAGGUGAGCUACCUCCCCCGCCAGCUGAGCAGUGCCAGCAGUGAGGACAUCAGCAGCAACGAUGACGCCACCUCCCUCACCUACUCCUCCGGGUCAGAACACAUCCCCAUCCCCCCGCCCCCGCAGAGCGCCCCGCCGCCCCCGCCCUUCCCCACCCCCUUACCCCCACCACCCUUCAGCUUCUCCGACCCCCUCCCCAUUACCCCUGUCCUCUCCCACUUCUCCCCCGAACACAUCCCCAGGGCGCGCAUGUCCUUUCAGCCGCAGCACCCCAUCAUCCCCCCUCCCCCGCCUCCUCCACGGGCCUUCACGUACAACAGGCCGAUCCUACACAAGGUGCUGCCUACCAGAGAUGAGCUACAGGGCUGUGUCCACCACCAGGCUCCUCAGAUGACUCUCCCCCUGGGCCAUCGCUACUCUCCACAGCCCUCUCGCCCCAGGAACCUGCCCCGUCAGGCCAGCCAGCCUCAGCCCCUGACCCAGCCCAUCCUGUGUCCCCAGCUCUCCCCUCAGCCCAACAGGCAAAGCCAGCUUGCCCUCCAGAGACACCACCAGCUUCACCACCAGCCCUACCAGCCCCAGCCCCAGCUUCACCACAGCCUGCCCCCCCAGGCCCCUCACCUGUCCCAGCCCCAGAGUCACCCUCCCCAGCCCCCUCAAUCACAGACCUACGAGACCCCCACCUCAGUGUCAGAGCUCCAGAAACACAAGGUCCCCCCACCGCCCCCUCCACCCCUGCCGCCCCCCUGUGACCCGCCUCCGCUGCCCAAUUCCAGUCCCUGUGCUGGGGACACCAACCACAUGAGUGUGAGGAGACUGCGCUGGGAGCAGGUGGAGAACUCUGAGGGAACCAUCUGGGGACAGCUUGGAGAGGACCCCGACUAUGACAAACUGAGUGACAUGGUGAAGUAUCUCGAUCUAGAGUUGCACUUUGGUACCCAACGGAGUUCCAAGCCAGCCUUCCUGCCCGAGAGCUUUAAAAAGAAAGACGUGGUGGAGAUUCUGUCUCAUAAGAAAGCCUACAACGCCUCCAUCCUGAUCGCCCACCUGAAGCUGUCUCCAGGUGAGCUGCGCAAGGUCCUGAUGACUAUGAGCACAGACAGACUGGAGCCGGCCCACAUCAAGCAGCUGCUGCUCUACGCCCCCGAUGACCAGGAAGUCAAACAGUACCAAUGUUUCGACCAGGACUCCGCCAAACUCAGCGACCCUGACCAGUUUGUCAUGCAGAUGCUGAUGGUCCCUGAGUAUAAGACUCGCCUGCGGAGCCUCCAUUUUAAGACGACCCUGCAGGAGAAGACAGAGGAGAUGAAGGCUGGAUACGAAUGGAUCUACAGGGCCUCGGUAGAACUCAGAAGCAGCAAGAAACUGGCCAAGAUCCUCGAGUUUGUGCUGGCAAUGGGGAAUUACCUGAACAAUGGUCAACCCAAGACAAACAAAACCACUGGCUUUAAGAUCAACUUUCUCACUGAGCUCAGCACCACUAAAACAGUGGAUGGUAAAUCCACCUUCCUCCACAUUCUUGCCAAAUCGCUAUGCCAACACUUCCCAGAACUGCUGAACUUUGCCAGGGACCUCACAACCGUGCCACUCGCAGCCAAAGUGAAUCAACGAGUCCUGACAGCUGAGCUGGCUGACCUCCACUCCAUCAUCAAGGACAUCAGGACAGCCUGUCAGAAGAUCCCUGCCACGGCCGAGGAUCACUUCGCUGCCGUCAUGAGUGGCUUCCUGGAGAACAGUCACCCAGCGGUUCAGUCUCUGGACUCUCUGCAGCUGAGAGCCAUGGACGAGUUCACUAAGGUGGCCUCGUACUUUGGAGAGGACAGCAAGGCCACCUCCACUGAGGCCUUCUUCGCCAUUUUCGCUGAGUUUACUUCUAAGUUUGAGAGAGCACUGAAUGAGACCCAGGCCACUGAGAACCCCUGCAGCCCCAGAGUGCCCUCUCCCCUGGCCUGGUAGAAUGAGACCCAGGCCACUGAGAACCCCUGCAGCCCCAGAGUGCCCUCUCCCCUGGCCUGGUAGAAAGAGACCCAGGCCACUGAGAACUCCUGCAGCCCCAGAGUGCCCUCUCCCCUGGCCUGGUAGAGACUGGAUAGCUCCUCUGCUCUCCACAACCAAAGUGCCAAGACAACACAAAGAAACAGUCACAGUUACUGGGACACAAACAACAUGAUCUUCAACACUACGGAAUGCCGUAGGGCCAGGAGUUCUUCCUGACCAUGUGAUCUGACCAGAAAGAACUCUCAGCCAAAGGGUCCAGAGUUUUUCCUGGUAAGGUCAAGUGGCACUAGAAAUUAGUAAUGAAGAUGAAUAUGUUUAGAUAAUAUGAGUAUAUAUUUUAUAUUGGAUUGUAUUAAAUUGAAAUUAUAUUGAAAUUGUAUCGAUAAAGCAUAGAUGUGCAGGUAACUGACAACAUAAUGGAAACUGUGAUGAGUACUGAGGAUACGAAGAGGCAGGACGUAGACGCAGGAAUCAACAAUGUAAAGGUUUACUUAACACUG